AUGGCGGCCCUUCCCGGCACCGUCCCGAGGAUGAUGCGGCCGGCUCCGGGGCAGAACUAUCCCCGCACCGGAUUCCCUCUGGAAGUGUCCACACCACUUGGCCAAGGUCGGGUCAAUCAACUUGGUGGGGUCUUCAUCAACGGACGACCCCUGCCUAACCACAUCCGCCACAAGAUCGUGGAGAUGGCUCACCACGGCAUCCGGCCCUGUGUCAUCUCCCGCCAGCUGCGUGUCUCCCAUGGCUGCGUCUCCAAGAUUCUCUGCCGCUACCAGGAGACUGGGUCCAUCCGUCCUGGGGCCAUCGGCGGCAGCAAGCCCAGACAGGUGGCGACUCCGGAUGUGGAGAAAAAGAUCGAAGAAUACAAGAGGGAAAACCCAGGCAUGUUCAGCUGGGAGAUCCGAGACAGGCUACUGAAGGACGGACACUGUGACCGCAGCACGGUGCCCUCAGGUUUAGUGAGUUCGAUUAGCCGCGUGCUCAGAAUCAAGUUCGGGAAGAAAGAGGAGGAGGAGGAAGCGGACAAGAAGGAGGACGACGGAGAGAAGAAAGCCAAGCACAGCAUCGAUGGCAUCCUGGGCGACAAAGGGAACCGGCUGGACGAGGGCUCGGACGUGGAGUCAGAACCCGACCUCCCUCUGAAACGCAAGCAGCGCCGCAGUCGGACCACGUUCACGGCUGAGCAGCUGGAGGAGCUGGAGAAGGCCUUCGAGAGGACCCACUACCCGGACAUCUACACCCGCGAGGAGCUGGCGCAGAGGACCAAGCUGACGGAGGCACGUGUGCAGGUCUGGUUCAGUAACCGCCGCGCCCGCUGGCGUAAGCAGGCAGGAGCCAACCAGCUGGCAGCGUUCAACCACCUUCUGCCCGGGGGCUUCCCGCCCACCGGCAUGCCCACGCUGCCCCCCUACCAGCUGCCGGACUCCACCUACCCCACUACCACCAUCUCUCAAGAUGGGGGCAGCACUGUGCACCGGCCGCAGCCGCUCCCUCCGUCCACCAUGCACCAGGGGGGGCUGGCCGCGGCCGCCGCAGCCGCCGACACCAGCUCUGCCUACGGAGCCCGCCACAGCUUCUCCAGCUACUCGGACAGCUUCAUGAACCCGGCGGCGUCCUCCAACCACAUGAACCCCGUCAGCAACGGCCUGUCUCCCCAGGUAAUGAGCAUCCUGAGCAACCCCAGCGCCGUGCCGCCGCAGCCACAGGCCGACUUCUCCAUCUCCCCGUUGCAUGGUGGGCUGGACUCGGCCACGUCCAUCUCGGCCAGCUGCAGCCAGCGGGCCGACUCCAUCAAGCCAGGAGACAGCCUGCCCACCUCCCAGUCCUACUGCCCGCCUACCUACAGCACCACCGGCUACAGCGUGGACCCCGUGGCUGGCUACCAGUACGGCCAGUACGGCCAAACUGCUGUUGAUUACCUGGCCAAAAACGUGAGCCUCUCCACACAGCGUCGUAUGAAGCUUGGGGAGCAUUCUGCUGUGCUGGGACUCCUGCCUGUGGAAACUGGCCAGGCCUACUAGGGCCCCUGGGACAACCUGCCCCAGACCAAGUCCCAGUCCAGCCCUUACUGAUCCCUGAGCCUCCCAGCCUCCGUCCUUUCAUUGCCCUGGGGUCCCAGGAGGCCAGGAAAGGAGCCCAUUCCCUUCUCAUAGCCAGUGCUCUGGAGAUGUGCAGCCAGUCUACCAUUCACUUAUGUUCAGGAGCCCAGAGUGACCCCCUUGGAAUCUGCCCCUCCACUGUCUCCCCCGGAGGGUUUCUGGUUAAGCCUGCAGUCCUCCCCCUAGUCAAAUCCUGUCCUGGUCUCUGUGCUAUCUCAGGCACAGAAAUGGAAGCUCACCCUGAAAAGAGUACCUUGGGCACCCAAAGGAGGAUGGUGACUGGGAUGAGGUACUAGAGCCCUUUGGACCAGACUCCAGUGAGUGCC